UGAAGAUAGUCCUGAUUAAAGAAUGGAGGAGCUGAGGUGUCUACACUGUAAUGAACGAUUUGAUCGUGAACAAGGACAUCGCUGCUCAAAUAGCCCGUGGGUGCUGGGAAACCAGAUAUUGCAGGAUAUUCAGGAUGAACUAAAUUUUGAUGAUAAUGAGAUUAUUACUUCGGUGAGCGAACAAUUACCUGAAUUAUCAACAGUCUGCACUGAAAUAUUGGACAGAAUUUCUGAUCCUUACACUGAUUCCAACUUAUCGAAAGAAGUGACAUUUGGAACUGAUCAACAAAUCGGAUCAAGUCCGGUUUCAUUUCCAGAAAAAUCUGAGCCUUCCAAUAAACAAAUUGUAAGUGAUGUCCAUGCUGUUCCUGGUCCUUCCCGAUUGGCCUUAAAUGAAAGCGAAGGAAGUUUGUGUCAGAGAGAAUUCCAACCCAAACCAUACCAUUCUGUGCCUACUGAUGUAAAAGUGUGGAAAUGCAACGUUUGCCAUAUAGUACUCAAAACCAAAUAUAAUUUAAAAAGGCAUAUGCAAAUCCACGAAGGAGAAAAAACUCACAGAUGUGACUUUUGUGAAAAAUCGUUUCAUCAAAAGAGUAAUCUGCAGAUACACGUCAAGACGCAUACGGGUGAUAAACCAUUUCCUUGUGAUGUUUGCGGGAUGCGAUUUAGAGCAAAUUAUUAUUUAAAAAGGCAUAUGCAAAUCAAUCAUGGAGCAGAACCACACAAAUGUGACAUUUGUGGAAAAUCAUAUGCACAGAAGCAGGCUUUAAAUGUGCAUUUUAGAAGCCAUGCGGGAGAUAAACCAUUUUCUUGUGAUGUUUGCGGUAAAGGAUUUACACAAAAAUGGGAAUUGAAUAGACAUAUGAAAAGCCACAUUCGAAACCAAUUUUCGUGUGAAAUCUGCGGAAAAUCAUUUACACAAAGGACUUUUUUAAGAUGGCAUUUUUGCAAACACACAGACGACAAACAUUAAAAAUGGGACAUUUAUGAAAAGAAGUGUUUGUAUAAACGAUGUCUACAAAUCAGGAGGAGAUUUAUCAAUAUAAGUAAAAGAAGAAUCUAAAAAAUAUCGUUAACAAACCGAGCAUCAUUCGGAAAAAAAGGAAACAAAAAGCCCCAUUGCGGAAGUUUUUCUAGAUAUAUAUGUUUUACUUAUCUGACCUCUUUGUUCCAUCAAUUUCAUUUGAAUAAGAUGUAAGAGUAAUUUUUUAUUGACAUUUUAAAGAAACGAAUGUUUUAAAUUUUAUUUGUAUAACGAAUAUGAAUUCAAAAUCGUUGAAAUGUUUUAUUGAAUAUUUGACACUAUUCUUAGGAGUGUUUCCUUAGAAUUGCUAUUUUUAAUUCUAUAUGUUAGUAAAAAAUAUGACAUUUUGCAUUUAAUUUCAAUAAUAAUAUGAAUUUUCAUAUUAUAAUGUCAUAUA